AUGGAAUGGGGUAUUAAAGAAAAUCGUAUUGCUGUUAUUGCGUUAUUUAAGUGUAAUAAAACACCAUUAGAGAUUUUCAACUUAUUGAAACUGUUGAAAAUAACGAAAAAAUUUGUUUAUCGGACCAUAAAACGGUUCAACGAGUUCAACACUAUAGAUAACAAGCCAAGAAGUGGACGUACAUGUGAAAUAAGAACAAAUGCAACAGUCAAAGCUGUCACACAGAGGAUUCGCAGAAAUCCACUUCGCAAGCAAAAAAUCAUGGCUAGAGAAAUGAAAAUUCCACCAAGAACCAUGUCACGCAUAAUUAAAGAAGACCUUGGUCUUGGUGCUUAUCGAAGAAGCACCGGUCAGCGGUUGACAGACGCUUUACGUCAAAUUAGAAUGACAAGAGCGAAGAAGUUACUUAAGCGGUACGCAAAAAAUGGCCACAGACAGAUAAUGUUUACAGAUGAAAAAUUUUUUACUGUAGAAGAAAUAUUUAACCGUCAAAAUGAUAGAGUUUAUGCUCAUUUCUCUCGGGAAGCUGCUGAAAAAAUUCAAAGAGUAGAAUGA